CUCCAAACCUCAAUGGAAUAACACUCUGUGCAAAAACUUAGGUGAACAGUUUCCGUCCAAAAUGAACUUUUUAGAGAAUCAUUUACAAAUAUUCGUUGUUUUAAUUACACUCAGCUCAACAUUUACGGAUUUCUCACAAGCUACUCCUGUAACUAAGGAGGGUUUUCAGUAUCAGUCUUUGGAACAAAAUGUGUCCCUUGAUAGAGUUAAAAGAGAGGAAUCUACAGAAAGUGGCAUGAGUGAGACCCCCGUAACUGAAGCAUUAAUGGAGGAUGAUGAUGAUGUGAAAAAAGGGCCUGGUCUCGGUUUUAUUAUAGGAGUUGCUACUCUGAUCUGCUUCAUUAUCUACAUAAUUGGAAUCACAUACAAAUUAAUAAAGAUCCAUAAGGGCACAUAUGUUGAAGAGGAGCCGAUAUUUCUCAAAUAUAAAUAGUUCACAAGGACAAAUUAAUAUAGAUGCAUUUAUAAAAACACUGGCUGCAGUUCACCAUGGUUGUACACUGGUUGUACACUAGUUGUACACUGGUUGUACACUGGUUGUAUACUACAUAGUUGUACACUGGUUGUAAACAUUUUAGCCGCUUUAAAUACAGGGUGUCCUACGAAACAUGACAAUUGGUAAAUAAUUUGGAAAGUCUUCUUUCCUAUGAUACUUUAACAGAUAUUAAACUUUUUGCCUUUAUUUCGUUCAAUAAAAUCUUUUACUAAAAUAUAUUUUACUUUAAAAUCAAUUUUACUAUAAUAUGACUACCAUAUUAAAG